AUGACAAAGCACAUAAAGAAAGGCAGAGCAGUGAACGUGGAUUUUUCCGAGGUGUUCAACAAGGUCCCCCAUGUUGCUGAAGUGAAAUACACUGCUGACUUACACUGUGAGGAGAACAACCAGCAGCACAGGACCGAUGAGAUCACCACCAAGCGACUGAUCAUCAGGAGAGGACAAACUUUCCAAAUCUCUGUGCAAGUGGACAGGGAUGAAUAUAUCAUAGACCACAACAAUAUUUUAUUCACAGCUGAGACAGGAUCAAAACCUUCAGAAGUAUUUCAAACAAAAGGCAUGUUUCAAUUAAGGUCAAUUGAUAGAAGGAGGUGGAGUGGAGCAGUUGUUUCCAGCACUGGAACCACGUUGGUCCUGACUGCAUUCCCACCACCAAAUGCCAAGAUUGGACGAUACACUUUAAGCCUCCUGAACCCCCUAGAACAUCAGAUUUUGAAGUACAGACUUGGAGAGUUCAUACUACUUUUCAACCCAUGGUGCAGAGAGGAUGAAGUCUUUCUGGAUAGUGAGGAGCGACGACAAGAAUAUGUGCUAAAUGAAGAUGGGAUCAUCUAUAAUGGCACUUGUCACCAGAUUAAUAUUCGCUCGUGGUACUUUGGACAGUUUGAAGAAAAUAUUGUGGAUAUCUGUCUUAUGAUAUUGGAUAAAAGUAUCAAAUACCAGAAAAAUCCAAGAGAGGACUGUAUGCGCAGAAAUGACCCUGUUUAUGUCAGCAGAGUUGUGACAGCUAUGAUAAAUUCUGCUGACGACAGAGGGGUGCUUGCUGGCAAAUGGAGUGAGCCAUACACUGGAGGGGAGUACCCUUGGUCAUGGAAUGGAAGUGUUGCAAUCCUCCGUCAGUGGUAUAAAGGAGGCUACCAGCCAGUUCGCUACGGACAGUGUUGGGUGUUUGCAGCAGUGGCUUGCACUGUUUUGAGGUGCCUAGGAAUUCCUUCUCGUGUGGUCACAAACUAUAACUCUGCUCAUGACAUGAACUGCAACUUACUAAUUGAGGAAGAGAUUGAUGAAUAUGGAAGAAUGCUUGGUGAACAUGUAUGGAACUUCCAUGUCUGGGUGGAGAGUUGGAUGGCACGAAAUGACUUAAAGCCAGGUUACAAUGGAUGGCAGGUUCUGGACCCAACUCCACAGGAGAAGAGUGAAGGAAUUUACUGCUGUGGGCCUGCUCCAGUCAACGCAAUCAAAGAAGGGGUAAUGGAGGUGAAGUAUGAUAUCCCCUUUGUUUUUGCGGAGGUCAAUGGCGAUGUGGUAACAUGGACGAGAUGCAGAGAUGGCAAAAAAGUAAAGAGAUCUGUCGAAAGUCAACGUGUGGGAAAAUAUGUCAGCACCAAGGGUUGCGGCAAUAAUGAUCGAGAAGACAUCACAUCCAAUUACAAGCAUCCUGAAGGCUCUCAAAAAGAAAGAGCAAUAUUUAUUGAAGCUCAAUUCAGAAAUCAACUGGAACGUGUACAAGAAGAGAAAUUCAAUGUGCACAUGAAAAUUGACAAUUCAGUAAACCAUGGAUCUGAUAUUGAUGCUAUUGUGAACAUCUCCAAUCGCAGUUUAGAGAGAAGGGUUUGUAACCUUCACUUUAAUGCUCAAAUCCUGAAAUAUACAGGACGACCUGUGAAACAAGUUAUGGCUCUGAGUAUGAAUGAUGUUGUUGUUGAAGGCAAUGAAGUUACAACGGUACCUAUCAAAGUGCCUUUCAGAAAGUUUGGGAAUUACCUGGAAAAUCACCAACUGAUCAAGCUGAUUGUCCUGGCAGCUGAUGAAAGAACAAAUGACAAUGCUUUGGCAGUGGAACAUGUUACAGUGGUCAAACCUUCUGUCACCGUGAAUAUACUGGGGAAUGCCAUUCUGAAGCGUGAGUUGGCUGCAGAAAUCAUUUUUCACAAUCCAUUGUCUGAGCCACUCUUUGAUUGCGUCUUCACAGUAGAAGGAGUAGGACUGAUUGAUGGCAUGAGAAAAAUCAGGGUGCCAGAGAUAAAGGCAAACCGAUCAAUUAGAUCUGUAUGUCAGUUCAUCCCCAGUAAAGCAGGACUACGGAAAUUAAUGGUGGAUUUUGACUGCAACAAGAUUAAGGAUGUAAAAGGAUUCAAGAAUAUCACUGUCCAAUGUCUUUAA